AUGUCCCAUCGGAACCCACAGCGUUUCCCCGCCGGCAGGCAAAAGCUGAUACCCCCACCCAUUCCCAGGCAGGGUGAUUCGUCGCCGAUGUUGAACAAGGACAAGCAGAAGGAUUCCCAGAAUCGGCAAGAUGAGGCUCGUUUGCUCGGAGCCAGAUAUCCUGACUCCAACGCUGUCAAGAUAAAGCCUGGAGCAUUUCAUGCUAGGAACAAGAAACCAGGGUCUAGCUUCGCGCCCUCCCCCGUGAACAAACUUUCACAAAAUGCCCGAAGCAGCGGGCCGGUCCGCUCUUACGGAGGAUCAAAUCAACAAACUUCACGGAUGAAGUCGCGCCACUCUGAAGAUGAGUUCGAAGAGUCGAGUCGGCCUACCAAGAUGCGGCGCCAGAGUGAAACUAGUGAAACCAUCGACCUCACAGCCUCAGUGAACCCAACCAUGGAUCAACUGGAACAUCCCUCUCUCUCCCGCCCAAAUGCAACUCGUCGCAACCGACAUGAGGGUUCCAGGGAUGCGGAGAAUUGCGUAAAAGUAGCGCAAAGUUCUAUUCGUCCUCAGCAUGGCCAAUUCUCUUCUGUGGGCUCUCGGGAUGAAAGGUUUACGGAAACAGCAGCACAGCAACGCCGUCAGGCGAGAUCUGCGGAUCCCCUUCUAUCUCAGGUCAAUUACAAGUCUAACCAGACUAAUGAGGCCGUUGUUAUUGGGACUAUUGACGAUGGACCAAAGAGAGCUGGUCGGAAUCGCACUGCGGUUCCUUCGACGAACAUCCAUCGUCCUGUCAGCGGCAGGGAAAGUCCAGAUGAGCUUCAGGGCGACAUCACCACACAUCCAAUACCGAGACCCUCCUCAGGAACACAGAUUCAAACCACCCACCCAUCGAAGCCCGGAAUGCACACAUCACCAACGACUCGAAAACGCUCCCCGUCCGAUCCCCGGACUCCAGACUUUCCGCCUCCAUCACCCGCUACAAAAAAGGCUAAGGUCUCUCAAAAGAACUCUGAUAAGAAACACCUAUUGCGCUACUUCCGAACCGGCUCCUUCGGCAAAUCUUGCGGCAUGAAGGAAUUCGUCUCGAUUUAUUCAACCAAUGAAGGUCUUGAACUUCGCGAGGGUGCACUCGACCAGGGCAACACAAUGUCAAUACCUUUUCAGCAAAUCCGUCAAAUUUUUAUCGGCGAGCCCCCCAGCCGGAAAGUGAGAAUCAAAAUGCUACAAAGUUCCGUCCAAGCAGACGACCAGCUCGACGUUGAGUUUUGGACUGCCGACGAAAAACUCAAGUUCCUGGAUGUGUUGAAGCACGUCAACAUCAAGGCCCAGCGUCUUAUGAAAGAGAUGAAAUGGAUGGACAAGGCUUUUUUGAAAUACGAAAAGCAAUUCCCACAGGAGAACAAGCUGCCCAAGAAGCGGCUUCUUGAUGAUUUGGUGGAUGGUCCCGAUCCUGCGCACUCCCCUCCUCCCUCGCGACGACCCAAACUUUCAAAGUCCUUGAAAGAUGAUCAUGGUGAAGUCAGCAAUGUGAAUCUACUUGAGAUCAAACGCUCUGCUCAGGAAAAGGGAAAAUAUGGAAGUGGCAUUGAUUCUCAAACGAAUGCCAAAGAGGAACAGGAUUCCCCACCUCUUGAUAACGACACUGGAGUCGAUGUUCGAGCUACCGUCAACCCACCGGAACGCGAAACCCGGUCGUCUACCCGCCGUGUCGCUAGCAAUCCCGGCGUGUCGUCUGGAGGGAUCACAUCCGGAGCACACUCGAGCUCACUUCUCAGAGAUGAUUCUUUCAGGUACAGGUGGAGCAAACCGUUGGUGUAUCCGCGAAAUGGAAAGAAGAAGGCCGAGGUCACCCUCGGCGAUCGCGAGCGGUUACUUCGGGAUGACUUCCUGAACGAUAACCUGAUCGCCCUGUACAUGCGUUUCCUUCAGGACCACCUCGAACGCACCAACCCAGAGGCUGCCAAACGAGUCUACUUCUUCAACACCUACCUCUUUGCGACUCUCACGAACACCCCACGGGGGACCGUGGGAUCAACUACGGUGGUGUUGAGAAGUGGACUCGGAACGUCGAUCUCUUCAGUUAUGAUUAUAUCGUCGUUCCCAUCAAUGAGAAUGCGCAUUGAGUCGGUUCAAACACCGACUCUACAGAAAGAAUCAUCCACUGGGUCUGAGAGUGAGAUCCAGGAAAUUGAAGAGACUCCUGAGCCGGAACAGAGAUCAAAGUCAGAGCCCAACACUUCUGACAAGGGAAGUCAAUCCCGUGAGAUUCGAAAGGGAUCUGAGACCAGUGGGGACCUGCCCGACCAGCACCCACUUCCACCCCCAAAUCUCUCCAAAUUCGCUGCCCAGAAGCUCGCCCAAGAUCAGGCCGCGGCGUCGCAACCGACGCACAAGUCGAAGAAGAAGAGAACUGGGUUAAAGUUGGAUCCCAACCAAACAACGAUCAUCACAUUUGACUCCCUCGACAUGCCUCGCUCCCCCACCAUCAAAAUCCUGCGCGAGUACAUUUGCCGCGAAGCGGCGUCUAAACGCGGCGUGGAACUUGACCCGACCAAAGUCAAGGGCAUGCGAGCUCGCGAUAUCCCCCUGCAGCCUAAUUUCUGGGACUGCGGUCUCUAUCUGCUGGCAUACUUGGAGAAGUUUGUUCAAAGUCCUGAUUGGUUCACCACGAAGGUGCUCCAGCGGAGUAUGAGUUCCAGAGAUGACUGGCCUCCACUUGGCUCUGGUAUCCUGAGAUACCGAUUUGGCAAGUUCCUAGACGAACUGUACGAGGAACAGCGGCAAGCCGAUGAACCAGUCAUGGCCGCCAGACGACCCGUUUCAUUCCUGCUCGGCCCGCCCCUCCCUUGCCAAGAAGAACUUGCGGAGGUCGAUGUGGUACCUGAGUCUCAGCAUGAUGCAGAUCCUUCAAAGGGCCCUGUGAAGACUUCCAAUUCAAAGUCCGAAGACUCAAGUGAAGAUUCAGCCGCGGACCAGAUGCAUCUCUUACCUACCUUACCUACCGAGAAACACACGAAACCACACAAAGCAUCCUCCGACCCACCUGCAGACACAAAGUCGCCAAACCGCCAUGUUGCUCCACCAAGGGAGGAACCCAUCAUCCAAGUACCCGGUAGCCAAGACGAGCCCGAAGUACGAGACACACCGCCCCCUCCAAGAAAAGAGCGAAGGAAACACAGCCCACGAGGCCCUUCGCGGAAGAGAUGA